AAAAAAAAAAAAAAAAAACCCAGUUGAGACAGGAAGCUGGUUCAGGAACUUAGUUCCUGGUGUGUAAACUUGACAGAAGCAGCAGCAGCGCUGUGAUCGACGCUGCCGGGCCACUACGAGCAGCCGCCCGGCUCUUUGCCGCUAAUGGAUCCCAAAGGGCCCCUUUCCUUGAGCGUGCUUCUGUUUCUGUCCCUGUCUUUUGAGUUGAUCUACGGAACAGGUGGAGGCGUGAUGGACUGCCCAGUGAUUCCCCGGCAGCUGGGAAGCGAUGCAUGGCUGCCCCUGACGAAUGAACAUCAGAUAAAUAGGAGCGUUAACAAAAGCGUCCGCAUCCUUGUCACGAUGGGAACGUCUCUAGGAAGCAAAACCAACAAGAAAAUAGUGUCUUUUGAUCUCUCCAAAAGGGGCCAUCCAGAUCACCUGGAGGAUGGCUACCAGUUUCACCCAGAAAACCUGAGCCUGGGGAUCCUGGCGAACAGGAGGGAGAGUGAAGGCUGGUACUUUGUGAACCUGGAGGAGAAUGUGUCCGUUCAGCAGUUCUGCAUGCGGCUGAAGCUUUAUGAGCAGGUCUCCACGCCAGAGAUUAACGUGCUAAACAAAACCCAGGAGCGUGAGAAUGGGACCUGCAGCUUGGUGGUAUCUUGCAUGGUGAAGACGGGGGAUCAUGUGGCCUACAGCUGGAGUGAUGAGGCAGGCACCCACCUGCCGAGCCCAGCCAACCACUCCCACCUCCUACACAUCAUUCUCAGCAACCAGCAGCAGGACAGCAUCUACAACUGCACCGCCAGCAACCCUGUCAGCAGGCGCUCUCGGACCUUCAACCUGUGGCAGGAAUGCAGGCAAGAAUCCUCAGAAUCAAGAUCAUGGAUACCAUAUGCUGCUGUACCACUAGGGGGCGUUAUACUCAUCUUUCUGGUUUCCACGGCAAUAAUAAUGCUAAAAAGACAAGGUGAAAAGAAUCACCGCCAGCCACCGGCGGAAGACAAGGGCCUUACUAUUUAUGCCCAAGUCCAGAAGUCAGGGCCUCCAGAGAAGCUUGAUGAUCCCUCGACAGACCGGGAACCCUGCACGACCAUUUAUGUAGCUGCCACAGAGCCUGUCCCAGACUCUAUCCAGGAACCAAAUCCCACCACAGUUUAUGCCAGUGUGACACUACCAGAGAGCUGACCCACAGACUCAGAGAAAGGACUUGUUGGCAGCAAAAAGAACCAUGAGGCACACUGAGCUUGGCCCAGGUCCCAAGUUCCUUGUGACAGACACUGCACAUCUGUACCCUCCUCCCAUCACUUCCCUGGUGACAGAUCUACACAGGCGUACCUGUGAGGAAGUGAGGCUUCCCAAGCAGGUAACAAGCUCUUCAGCUGGCACAGACAUGGAGCAGCGAUCCCUGGCCACAGCAUUCCAUCUCUGCUGUAGCAGAGGAAAUCCAUCAUGUGAGUUCAGACAUCUCACUCUUUGCUGGCUUGGAUCAUAGAACCCAAAGA